AAUAUGUUUAUUAUGUUUUUAUGCCCAUCAUUUUUUCUAAUACAUUCACAGCUUAUUUUUGAAUUACUGUAUAUCCUCGCUUAUAAUUAAAGUUUAAAACUCAAAAGAAAAGUUGCCAAACUAAGGGGUCAGGUUAUACAUGCCGAACUCUGAUCGCAAAUUCCAACAGCUACAAUUCGAACCAUACCAAGUACUCUCGAUAAGAGCGUACAAUUUGUAGGGUCGGCUUAUAUGCAAAUAUUAAUAAAUUCGUUGUUGGGGGGGGCGACUUUUAUGCAGUUAUGCAAAACAACGGUGAUUAAAACCUACUCAUUCUAUUCUAUUCUGUACUGAUUUUAAGUUGAAAAUUUCAAAACCCUGUCAUCUUCUGGUGUUUCAGUUUUAUGGCCAACAUGUGGUCUUAUAUUGUGAUUUGUGAAUUAACACUAAUUCGUGAGUAAAAAAAGAAAUUAAUUGAAAUUAAUCAUAGCUAUCAAUGUGCCAUAUAGCAAGUAUUAUUAUUAUUAACUAUCUAAUAUCGGUCUAUCAGUUUUCAAUUGACCUCUGGGUUAUUCAAGUUUAUCUAUUGUUGUACUGUAUAAAAUGGCUUGUUAUAAGAAUCCCAUAUUCAUAAUAUAAUCGUUGCUUGCUCAGUAUUGUUGCAGUUUGUUUCUGGAAUCGAAGUAAUAAAAUCUAUGAGGGAUUUUUGGUUCAUGCUCUUGCUAUGGAAUCGGAAGGAAGAAUGGAAUUGAAAGAAAUACAGGAGAUUUCAUCAUUGUUCAAAUCUUCUCAUCACCUUACAGCUUUGAUGAAGUCUCACGAUCAGAUUGCAAGUAAAAAUUUUGCGCCUGAAUUGCCAGAACCAGACGCAAAUGAUUAUUUACUUGGAGAUGAGGAAGAAUCAAUGAAGGUUGUAAGACUUGUAAAAGGGAAUGAACCACUGGGUGCAACAAUAGCAGUCGACGAGCUUACCAACAAUAUUAUAAUUGCAAGAAUCCUAAAAGGUGGAGCUGCAGAUAGGUCAGGACUUAUUCACGUUAAUGAUAUUCUCGUCGAAGUGAACAAAGUACCAGCUAAAGGUAAAAAACCUGAGGAACUCAUUGCUCUUCUUGCGGAUUUUCAAGGGCCGCUCACGUUUCGUCUCAUCCCUGGAGAAACUACUUUACAUUCUGAAGAAGAAAUAGGAAACUCGAUGUACGUUCAAGCUAAAAUCAACUAUGAUCCAGCCCGUGAUCACCUGAUCCCAUGCCCAGAAGCAGGUCUGAAGUUUUUCAAAAAUGAUAUACUCCAUAUUGUGUCCAGAGAUGAUGAAUCAUGGUGGCAAGCUUCCAUAGUUAAUCAAGGAAUUCAUUCACAAAAUUUCUCAAAUUCUACGGAGCGAGACAACGCAUACAGUAAACUGCAUUCCAGUAUUAACGGUUCGACGUCUUCGUUUGCACCAAAAAGAGCAGGACUUGUUCCUAGUGCAAGAUUGCAAAACAGACGUGAAACUCUAAAAAGGCAAGCAACCAUUAGAAACAUCAAUAAUAAUUCUGUAAAGGGAAGUAGUUCAAGUUUAUCAAGUAAGGGACAAAGAAGAAAUCCAUGGACUCUACUAAGACAAAGUUUUCGUCGAUCCAAUAGACAUCUUGAUAGAUCAACACCAUCACCUGAAUUAGCAAGAAAACGUGAAGAAAUUCCUCCCAUUGAUCCUGCGACAGUGGUUGCAUACGAAGAAGUAACAUUGUUGCAACCGCCAUCUGAGUCUCCGUUGGAUCAACUUUGCUUUCGUCCUUUUGUUCUUGUUGGCCCUCAAGGUGUUGGCAGGAAUGUUUUAAAAGACAGAUUGAUCGAUUCAAAUCCCACACAUUAUGGAGUGCCUGUUCCUCACACAUCUCGAGCCAAACUUGAAGAUGAAGAAGAUGGAAAAGAUUAUCAUUUUGUUACUCGUGAAUAUAUGGAGCAAGGAAUAAGAGACAACUUAUUCUUGGAAUAUGGCGAAUACAAAGGAAAUUUAUAUGGAACUAGUUUAGAAGCUGUGAAAGCCGUUAUCUCUUGCCACCAAGUCUGCGUACUCACUCCCUAUCCACAAGCACUAAAGAUAUUGCGCAAUGGUGCACUGAAACCUUUCAUAGUUUUUGUCAAACCACCCAAAGUUGAGAAAUUACUUGAUAAAUCUGGACAAACAGGUUCAAAGUCAAAACUGACUAUAGAUCGAGAUAUGAAUGUACCAUUUUCGACGGAAGAACUUCAAGAUCUCGUUAAACGAGGAGAAAAAAUGGAAUCGUCUUUUGGUCACAUGUUUGAUUAUGUUGUUGUUAAUGAUGGAGUAGAUCGUGCUUUCGCAGAAAUAAAACACGUUGCUUUUGCUGUGGAAAACGAACCUCAAUGGAUUCCUAAAAUGUGGGUAAAAAAUGCUUGAGAAUUGAGAAACUACUAUGCAGUUUACUGUAUAGUCGAGAUGCUAGCAUUUUACAAUGUUAUUAAUAUUGAAGGCAAUUGAAAGAGAAGGCAAUUACAGAUAUUUUCCUACAACUGAACUUUAUUCAAUAUGGCAAAAUGGUAUAACAGGGUUGGCCUAUAUCAAACGAUUUACCAAUGGGUAUAUAUAUGAUGUUUUCAACAAAAAAGAGUUUACAGAUUGUAAUAUUUUCAAUAUUCACCUAUAUAAAAGCAUGGAUAAUACGGUUUCUCAUUUGAUUUAUGGGUACUCCUGAAGUAUGCGCACCAAGAUGUCGCACAACCUAAACCCUAACCUUGUACACAAACUGAGUUCAGGUUGUGCGCCAUCUUGGUGUGUUUCUGUUUCAUACAGGUAUUAUCAAAAUUACCUUUUUUAAUAAAUCUAUUUUAAUUUAUUCCUAAAAUUAGGAAUUUACUGUAUUGGAUAUAAUUAACUUUUGAAUGGGUUCACAUAUUUUAUUUGUUUUGGCCAUUCCUAUGGUAUUUUUACUUGGUAACUACGUCGAAAAGUAAAAAAGCUUUGUAUUCACUGUUUAUGACUGAUUCAUAAUUUCACGCCUAGAUUGUUGAGUCUUUGAUUAAAUAAAACAUAAAAGCAAUUUCAAAUCUUUAUUUUUUAAUUUUUUAAAAUUUUACUAUGGCUUCUUUCCCUUAUACUUGCUUUCUAUAUUGUAUAUAUAUGAUUUUAUUCAUAUUCCGCAAUCAUAAUCUUCAUUGAAACAAUUUGUUUUGUAGUUUUAAUUUUGUGCGUUUUAUAUUUCCUGGCAUAUUAGCUCCAUUGUGCUAUUGCUUAUUGUUAUUGCUCAUAAUGUUUCGUAUUUGUAUCCCUUUGAGUAUAAAUUAAUGCCAUGGCAUUUAAAAUCCAUAAAUUGGGAUGGUUAUCAGUGUAGAAAAUUAGAUUUAUUUCCAGUUAAUAUGAUUUGCCUUUAAAGUUGAACUGACAUCUCAUGUGCUCUUACCAUUAUGUUAAAAUUGUUAAUUGCUUCAAAAACAUCUCUUCGUAAAGAACAUUCAAUUUUGAUUCAUAUCUGCGAAGUUUAUUCAGAGAUCACAAACAUAAAUGGGAAAUUAUUACUGCCUCUGGAUUCUGUUGUCACAAACAUAAACUUAUCAUUAGAAGCGAUACUGUUUGAUAUAGCUUGACACAAAACUUAAAAAGAGACUCUCAGAAGCUAAAAAUAUCAGCCAAAUAUCUCCUAUUUGGUUGGAAUUAUUUAAUCCAAAUGAUAUUAUCAGUCAUGGGUAGUUUUUUAUGAAAUAUAAUGGUGCUUAUGAAGAGUAUAGUCUACUCUACCAGAUUGUAAAAUUCAUUUCUAGAAUAGUGCCCAAGAUAUUUGUAUGCAUUAUCGAAGUUAAAAUAAACAUUGUCCAAAGUUGUACAAAGAAUUAUAUUACUUAAGUUCGAAAUAAAACAAUACAAACCUCUCAUUUUCCUUAACUAAAGUGAUUGAGGUCAUUUUAUAUCUGUAUUUCACUUUUUUCAUUUUGUGUUAAUUUCUAGUGCUGCACUUUACCAGUUUUCAUACAGUUUCAUUAAAAUUACAUUCCUAACUUUUUACCUUGUGACUUCCUAUUAUCUUGUAUACCUUUGUUUACACUAAAUAUUUACAUGGUAUGAAUCGCGGAAAGGCAUAAUGUAAAAUCAAUGCUAAUUAAAAGAAUUUUUUUAUCAUUCAGUUUUGGAAAUCACUGUUCCACACUCCUUAUGAUUUGCUACAAGUUUUUAUAAAGUUUAGGAAUUUGCAUUCUGAUUAAAAUUGAUUGCAAAAUAGUUGUUGACAAAAAUAUUUGAGCUUCUGCCUUUUUAUUUUAAUCAUUUUAAUUUUAGCUGCUCCGUUUGAGAAGUUAAUUUUGUCAUUUUCUCUUCCAUUUCAUAUUUUUUAUGUAUUAUAGGUAGCAUAGUUGAAUUCGCGUGUUUGAGCUGUUAAGGCAUUUUCCUAUUUCUCUUCUUUCAUAUAUAAACUGUUUGUUUUUUGCAA